AUGGACGAGAUGCUUCCGAGAUUUCCGAUCAAUCGUCCCAACGAUCGCAACCUCGUCUAUCAUAUGAUGCGAUUGAGCGAACGCGUGGCGACGUUCAGCGAGGAGGAGCGCCUCCGAUUGGCGAUCAUGACGGAGCUCAUCGUCUACGAGCACCAUUUCGUCACCGGCGGCGUUUCGGAGCCGCAGACGUUCACGCGCAUCUCGGCGCUAUUGCGCGAGUUCAAUCCGAACGCGGUGCUCUCGAACACGUUCGUCGCGCGCAUGACCCGUCGAUUCCGAGCGUUCGAGCGCAUCGCAUCGCGAUUGGCACGUCUUCCGGCGAUGGCGCGACGCUUCGAGCUUCUCCUUCAAGUCGUCGGCGAGGAACAUGGCCGUGAGUUCUACGUGGUGUCGACAACUCCGGCUCAAAAUUCGGCUGCUCCGGCUCCCAGUAGCGCUGGACCUGUUCCUCCAGAAGUCCGUCAAGCGCUCAACGAGUUGCUCGAGGAAUCGACACCGACCGACGAUGAAGCCAAUUGA